AGGACUGCGGCCGUAGGAAGAGGGACGGUCGACUUUCUGGUAGGAAGAGAAGCAUAGUUUCGCUGAUGAAUGUAAGCCGAAUACAAGAAACAUAUCAUUCUUUAACAGUUGGUUUUAUUACUAACUUUUCUACCCUCAAAUUGUAGCUAUAACUGCUGGGUCUAUAUUUGACGUGUUACGAAUAUCACAACUGGAGAUCUGUAUGCGCGCGCGCCAGUGUGACACGCUUAUGUAUAAUGCAUACUUUAUCCAUGCAAUCAUUGUUUUUCUUUUAAAGCAAAGUACACUACGGGAACGGGUGUCACAAAGGGGGUUAAAAUAUAAACCGCAUUAUUUUCCACUGCAGCCUUAAAAAAAAAAUAAGUUGAAGGCGAUUAAGGGACUUCCUUCCUUUCCCAAAUCUCUGUCUCCGGGCUGGGCGUUUAUAAAAACGGGCACACGGUCCCAGCAAGGAGAACUUCCCAAACUGGGAUCUAAAGCUUACUUGUUAAUUAAAAACAAAGUCGCAACUAUCGAUCUGAAGAAAUUAGCUUGAGAGAAGAUCAUGAAGGCUUUUCUUAUACUGCUGCUGGCCGCAGGCUGUGUGUGCCUGGCUGAAGCUGCCGGUACGUAUAACUGUUCCUGCGACGGGGACGUCUGCUUCUCCGCGGUGGCCGAGCCGACCGACUACGAGGCAUCUCUGAAAGCCUGCCGACAGAGGAGUGCGGUCCUGGCCGCGGUGCGAGCGCGGCAGUCCAGCCAAGUCAUCGCUCAUCUCUUAGAAAAUGUUAAGGGCGAGUUUUGGAUCGGCCUGGAGUUACAGGACUCCGUGUGCUCCGACUUAUCGUCCGAAAUGAGGGGCUACAACUGGGCAACAGGGGGCAACAGCACGGACUUCACGAACUGGAGGGACAGCCGCAGGACGUGUGCGCCGCGGUGCGUCUCCGUUUCCAGUGACCUUAAGUGGACGGAGAGACAUUGCAGCGGGAGGAUAGAUGGGUAUAUAUGCCAAGGCGGGCUGGGUAGCACCUGCGGCCGUUUGGAGGAACAGCCUAAUGGGGUUGCUCUGUACAACACCAGUUACCAUGCAAAUAAAGCGGUUUGUUCUGUCGACGCGGGCAGCGUCGCCGUGAGCGUCCCAUCAGGGAAUAAAUACAUCUGCGACGGCAAGGAUUGGGUUCAAGCACCAUGGAGCUGCGAAGUUAACAAGGGCGGCUGCGAUUUUGAAUGCGUUACACAUGAUGGCAGUCAGUGUGUCUGCCCCAGUGGAAAAACGGUCGGGGGAAACGGUGUCAGCUGCGUGGAUGACCCGCGAGACCCCUGCUUUUCCUUAUCGUGUGAUCACUUCUGCACCCCCGAGUCCGGCUGCGGCUGCCGACAAGGAUACGAGCUUGCAGAGGACGGGAAGCUAUGCAGGGACAUUGACGAGUGCAGCGACAGCAGGCUUUGUAGUGACGGACUGUGCGUCAACACACCGGGCUACUUUACUUGCACCUGCCACUCCGGUUUUGAGAUGUCCGAUAAUAAGUGCGUUGACAUUGAUGAAUGUCUGUCAAAUCCGUGCGAUCACGAAUGCCUUAACACACGUGGUAGCUUCAGCUGUUCGUGCUUUGAAGACUUUAUAAAAGUCGAUGAGCUGUCUUGUAAAUACCACUGCCCGAAGGAGGAAUGCCCUGCGAAGUGCGAUCCGAACAACGAAAUGCAGUGUUACUGUCCGGAGGGAUUUAUCGCCGAGCCAAGAGACACAGGCACCGUCUGCGUAGACAUCAACGAGUGUUUGCAAAAUGAGUGCGAGCAGAAUUGUGUCAACACUUACGGAAGCUACAUAUGCUCUUGCGAGAAUGGAUAUUAUCUGGAGGAUGGAUUUAAAUGCAAGAAACAAGACGUAGGGGUGUACGACUUUACAACUCCAACUCCACCGCCUCCGGGAAAUAAAACUUCGUCGGUGUCACCCGGCGGUUUGUUUGCCAUUAUAGUGUGCGUUGUGGUGAUGGUCUUGCUGGCGGUAUUACUCUUGCACCUUAAAAUGAACUCCAAAUGGAUUUUCAGAGGUAUCCGUAAAAACAACAGCGAAGAUAUGAAGAACCUUCAGCAAGUGACAGCUGAGAAAGACAAUAUGCCACUUCCUGACAGACAUUUACCACUGAACACGUGCUAGCACGUGGGGCUUAACCUUAUUUGUUUACUUUUUGCCAGAUGAAGGGUCUGUUUAAAGGGAUCUGAAUAUUUUGUAAUAUAAAUGAUUAAAAAAAUUAUAAUAUUGUGUUUGCACUUUUGGUGUUUUUGGUCAAAAUGACUGUUCGAUGAGCAUGACUUUGAGGUACUUAAGCUAACUGUCCUUUGAAAUGAAUGUAAUUAUUUGGUUGGUAGACGUGCACACCUGUGCGUGAUCACGACUCUGAGUUGGGAACUAGUGGGAGAGAAAGACAUUUCCCGUUACGUCACCAACCAAACGUAGCCUAUUUUAAAGUUUCACGUGUUUAUAUUCCGUAUAACUAUUGUGCUGCUGCUACAUCUGAAAGCCACAAAACGGUUUGGAUGUCCAUUGUUCAGAGACAUUGUGAAGAAGUAUCAUUUAUGCUGUAAAAUAAACAUCUGAUGGUCUUGUAGAUGUCAUCAGUUGUGCCUCACUAUGCCCAUUUAUAAUAAAAACUGUUCUUUGGCCUGUUGA